AUGGGGGCAAAACUUCCUACCACAAGUAUAUUCAACUUAGAAACUGAUUACAACCCUAACAAUUUAGCCAAAUUUAUACCACUGUUUAAAGUCGUUUCAGUUUAUACAAUGGCUUCAAAUGGAAAGUAUCUUAAUAUAAGCAUUCAACCUCAAAAAAUUCCACGGACUUCUAAACCUUUAUUUGAAUUGCCUAAAGAAAAUUUGAGUGAAACUGAACUCAAUGCAAAAUCUACUUCCGAUAGAACCAAACGCCGUAUUGCCCACAAGCCGCGGUUUCCUCUACCGAAUAUCACUAAGCCAUUACCGCCAGUGCGAGGUAUUGUUGCUCAGCCGAAAUCAAAAAUAAAGAAUAUGUAUAAGAAGGAAAGUUUUUCACGUAUACAGCCCUGCAAAGUAAGACAAAUUAAUGAAACAUUUGGUUUGGAUUCAAGGGCCACACAUUGCAAUUUGAUAAGUACUGGAUUCAACAACAGGAUUAAAGAUAACAAGAGAAAAUCGGAAGAUUUAGAUUAUGGCGUAGUUAUAAAAAAAAAGCAAAAAAAAAUUAAUGACAAGUCUAAGAAUAAAGGUGUAAAACAAGAAAAAAAAUCACGUUAAGGUCAGGUUUAUAGUUAUAUAACAAUUUGUUCCAAAAAUUCACUUUUAAUUUCCCUACCUGUAAAAACAAUUUUAAAUUAGCACAUUUAUUAGAUCCCUAAAGUGAAGUAAUGUGAAGUUCUAAAUUGAUUUAUUAUGCAACUACUUGCAGAAUAUUGGAGUGAAUAUAACACUCAACUUCACUUUGUUAUUUUUUA